UUUUCCAAGCUUGUGGUCGGCGAAAAAAAUCUCCUGGUUUAGAAAGUAGUAGGCUUGUGUGCGUGUAGAUUGUUACAAUUUCAUAUUCAUUGUUGAAUUUGUGUUAACAAUAAUUUGCGAUGUCUGCGAGUGGAGCAACUCCGAAGAAAAUGAAAAAAAUGGAAGCAGGGGAUGGAGAUGAAAGCCGAGAUUAUGAUGCUGAAACACAGAAAGCAUUGGAAGAAAUCGACGCUUGUCAGAAUGAAAUCGACGCUUUGAAUGAAAAAGCUAGUGAAGAAAUCCUCAAAGUUGAGCAAAAGUACAACAAAUUAAGGAAGCCCUUCUUCGAAAAAAGGAAUGAGCUGAUUCGAAAGAUUCCUAACUUUUGGGUGACCGCUUUCGUAAAUCAUCCACAAAUUUCUGCUAUUCUUGAUGAAGAGGAAGAAGAAUGUUUGCAUUUUCUUACUAAGCUUGAAGUUGAAGAAUUUGAAGAUAUUAAAUCUGGUUACAGAAUCAAGUUUUACUUUGAUGAAAAUCCAUAUUUCGAAAAUGACGUUAUUGUUAAAGAAUUCCAUCUUGGUUCUUCAGGUGACCCAGCAUCUCAGUCUACUCCUAUCAAAUGGAAGGAAGGCAUGGAUCUCACCAAGAGGCAUAAAGAAAGGCAAGCACAAAUGAAAAACAGCAGAAAAAGAGCCCAUGAACAGCCAAGGACAUUUUUCACAUGGUUUGCUGAUCAUGGAGAUGCAUCUGCAGAUGAUAUUGCAGAAGUAAUAAAAGACGAUAUGUGGCCAAAUCCUCUACAGUACUUCUUAGUGCCAGACAUAGAAGUUGAAAAUGGUUUAGAAGGAGAAGAAGAUGAAAGUGAGGAUGAAGAAGUUGAUGAUUCUGUAGUAGUUGUGGAAGAGGAAGGUGAUGGGGAAGAUGAGGAAGAUGAAGGAGAAGAAGAAGAGGUUGAUGAGGAAGAAGUUUAUGAAGAAGGUGAAGAAGAUGCAGGAGAAGGCAUUGAAGAGGGUGAAGGCGAUUUAGAUGCAGAAGGAGCAGAUGGUGAACAGGAAGAGUGAACGAGAAUCAUCAGGAAGCUGCCACCACACAGCACAGUCCAUUUACAUUACCUGUGUUUCGUAGUUUGGGGCCACAUUAUCACCCAACACUAGGUUCUAAAAACUUUUGGGAAGGGCAAAUUUUAAAGAACCGAUGGAACUGAAUUGAAAAUUAAAAAUUUCAUCAAUUUUUAUAGGAAAACAUUCAGCUGUUGUCAUAAUUUAAGGCUUGCAUUGUUCUAUUGAAGAUUUGAAGUGACUUUCUGUUAAAUGCUUCAUUGUGUUGAAUGAAUUUGACCUUUAGUAAAGUCGUAAAUUAUAGCAUUUGCUUGUUAAUUAGGUUCUGAGUGAGCACUUGAUUUAUGUAAAUUAUUUACUCUAUCAGGAGAUAGGGAUUAUGUAACUGUAAAUUUUCCCCAACUUUUAAAUUUUUUAUGAUUCUCAAACUGGAUUUUAUUUGUGAUAUGAUUCUGUUGCUCUGUCUUGAUAUCUGUCUUUAGUGUAAUAUAUUUCAUUGAAGUUUUGAUUUAAACUGUUUCUUAUCUUAUUUUGAAAAAAUCUGUGUCAUUAAAAAAAUCACCUUAAAAAUUGUAAGAUAUAUUUCAUCUGCAUUAAAGAAUUUGUUCAUAGAUUUUUAACUUAAUUUCUUUAUUUUUAAGGUAAUGAGUUUUUGUCAUCAAACAUUGUUUUUUACCGUACAGAAUUUUGCACGCUAAGUAUUUCUAAAAAAUUAAGGAAUUCAAUGCAUUGCUGAAAAUUUUAUUUUAGUAUAGUGUGUGCUUGAUUUUUCAGAAACUCAUACAAAUUGAUCAGUGUUGAUUUUGACCACAGUAAAAAUAAUUUAAAAUAAUGAGAUUAAUUUGAAGUAUAUUCAGCUAUUCAUUAUGAGUUGAUUAAAUUUUAAUUGGUUGUAUUUGAGAAAAAAUGAACUGCACCUUAAUUUAUUGAAUAAGACAAUCAUGCUGGUUUUUGCCAAAGAUCUUUUCCUGAUUAGAAAAAAAUGGAGGUAAUUUUUAUGAAAAUUCAGGGAGUUUAAAACAUUGCAUAUGUGUUCCUUCAAAGUAGAUUUGCACUACUAUCAUUAAUAAAUUCAUGUUUUUUUUUUUUUGUUUUUUUUUUUUAACACUUCAUGAUGCACAUUUAAUUUCAUCACUUUGUGUAUAACUUCCUUUUUUUAAUGCACAUGUAUAUCAUUUGCAAACGGGAAAGGCAAUACAGUUCCAAAAAAUUGUUUUCAAUUACUUGCAUAUAAAUAGCUCCUUUUUAUAAUUGCAUGUUACAAAAUAAAUCUGUUAAAGGAAAUAAACACUUCAUGUAUAUUUUUAUUGAUGUCUGCACUUGCUGCCAUCGUGGUUGAAAAAAUAUUUUCACUUUUAAUUAACUUGACUUCAUCAGUUUUGCAAAAGAUAAUAUACAGUCAAACUUUAUUAAUGCAAAAUUGCUUAGAACAAAAUAUCGCUUAUGUGACGCACUGGUUUAGUCCUGUGAGUUAACAAUCAGAUAAGAUGAAUUCUGGUUAACAUGAAACAAUUAUCAUGGUCUUGUGAGUUUCAUGUAAGCAAGUUUCAACUGUAUAAGAUCUAAUAAAAUAAGAGCUAAAAUGGAAACCAAAAAAACAGACUUUAAAUGUGCCCCCCCCCCCCCCCCAGAAGAUUAAAAUUUGCUAUCUCAUAUUUAUCUAUAUUACACAAGCUUUCCAAUCUGGUGGAGGGAGCAUAAAACGUUACAGCAAUCUUGGGUUCUAAUUGGUUAUCUUGUUUUAUAAAUAGUAAAUGAAAUUAUGUGUAGCUAAAUAACACAGGAAGCUAUGUAGACAUUCCUAGGUGUAAAGUUAAUUUCUUUAAUGAUGUUUAUUAUGUUCAUGAAAGGCCACUUGUACAAAGUGAAAUGUUUUCUGAAGCUUUUAAUUGUGAAAUCUGAAUUUUCAGAGGUCGUUCCAACCUCUAAUUUCUAAAGUGAUGCACUUUGCUGUGUAUGGAGAUCAGUGUUAUGUAUAGUGUACAUAUUUUUCUGGGUGAAGGAGUGACUUAGGUUGACAUUGUAGUUACAAAGCACCUCAAGUAAAGCAAAAUUUCAGAAGAAAAACAUUCAUUCCGUUUUUACAUUUCUUCCCCUCCAUGUUCAUUUGACCAGUGUGCAUGGAAUACAGACAUUUCAUUGGCAUUAAAUAUCCAGUGUAUCUACACGUGGAAUGUAAUUUUUGUCUUGUAAAAUAUGGCAACGAUCUAUGUCAGCAUUUGUUCUUUAUUCGCUUCAUCUGGAGCCCAUCCAUUUCGAAACAUCUGUCUGUACAACCAUGUUCUUUUCUUGAUUAAAAACUCGACUUUCA